CAACUUUCUGGUUUGAGGUGGUCUCAAAACCGAAAAGGAAAAAUGCAUUCAUGCUCCUUGCGUAACAAAGGAACAGCCACAGAAAAGUACCCGAGAGACACCUGCAGCUUGUUCCAGAGUUACCCGACAAAGCUUGCACAUUUUUUUCAAACAUUUUGGGGAUAUUUUUUUUUUGGUUGGAAAAAUAAUUUUCCUCUUUUGUUGGGUAGUGUUGGUAACAUCAGCACUGAGCUGUUUUGACACAGGAGGCCAAGCCUGUUAUGCCUUGCCAGGAUUUUUUUCUUGCAGAGUAAGUGUUACUAUACCAUAAUUUCUCUACCUGAAGACUAUUGCACAGCAACAUCAAAGAUACAGAAGAUUUCAUCCAGUGUUUGUUUCAAAGAUAUCACUUCUGUGUUAAUGUAAGUAAAGCAAAAUUUGAACUGAAGCGUUCAGUGCUGUACCAGUUUAGACCAUGCAUUCGCAGUAGUCGGAUAUCUGAUGUCAAAAUGUAAACUGGAGAGUUGAACCCUUCUGACUGCAGUUACAGUACAGCAGUCGUCAUUUAUUACCUCCCUCACACCUCUUUACUUGUCAGAUGCAUAGGCUAUGAGAUCAUCCACAAGGAAGGCUUAAGGGAGAUGGUUGUGAAAUCGAGUGCAUAUUGAGGCACUUCAUUUUGCAAACGCAAUGCUCCGUUCUCACCAAACCUCAUGAAACUGUGUCGUGUCAAGCUUGUGGUGGUACUGGAGAAGAUUAAACACAGGAGAAGAUACAGGCAGGCAGUCAGAAAACACAUUGUGCCGGAAUUUAAGGACAUUUUACAAUAUCUGGAUUACUUGAAGAUUGAUGAGCCCAUUAUUGGCUUGAGCUAUUUAGAGGAAGUGCCUGGCACUGACUCGCGACCAGGCCCCAGAUACUCAUGCAGGCUGUGUCAUCUGGCUGCAAACCUACCAGAAAUGGUCCACCACGUGAUUGGGCGUAAACACAGGCAGAAAUAUAUGGAGGUGAAACGGCCAGACUUGGUAACCUGGGAUAAACAAUCCAUAAUAACCCAAGGAGGAAAGAUCAUACGAGCCAGAGCAGAAAUAAUAGAGAGACAGGAUGGUCGAGGAAAUCCACUGCCGAUGCCGAACAGAGGGGUUCAAGUUCCCCCAAGGCAGAGGCAAAAUAGGGACCGAAAUAUUACACAGCGAGACGUGCCCUCGCUCUUACCAGAACUCAAUGACUAUCAGGAUGAGUACUCUCGCCGAGGGGGGUAUCCCCCAGUUUACUCAGAUACACCCCUAUUCCACCCAGACGAACCGUACAUGAACAGAGACAGCCAGGUGUACCAACGGGAGGAUAGUCUCAGCCGUGACCACAUGGAGGAGGAGCUGUACCAGGCUGAUCUCAGAGAAAAUAAUACGUACAGACAGGAACAAAAGGACCCUAAUUAUCGUAGGGAAUAUGGUGAAGAGCCACAAAGAAAAGCCAUGCUCGAGCCAGGUGGUGUCAACAGGUAUGAUCAGAGGGAGGAGAUGCCGAUGCCCCACAGCCAGACUCAGCACGUAGAAUAUUACCCAGAGGAGGCUCCUCCUUACAGAAAACCCUACCCAGAGAGAGAUGCUCUGAAGGAAUUCUACUCUGAGGAAGUUAGGCGAGGGCGAGUUCGUUCAGCUGACUAUCAGCCCUCACAGCCGAUCUAUGCAGAAGAUAAACACCAGUGGUCUCUGGACAGAGAAUCUGGCAGACAUGACAGUAUGAACAGAGCAGGUAGGCAAGGAUCGAGUGAACCAGAGGCCAAGAGGAGGAGCUUUCCCACACCUGUGGAGGAUGACCGAGCGCAUGACCAUUUGUUUAAUAUUAUCAAAGAUUAUCAGCACAAACCAAGAGAACCACAUCAAGAGCUAGCGGUUUCUAACCCUGGGCCAAGCAGGGCAGGACCCCCUUCCUCCCAGAGACGAGUGGAAGUUACUAGGACCAUGUCUGACAUCCCAGAGCCAUUCAGGCGCUUUCUGACAGGGGCCACUAAUAAUGACCGACUGGGUAAAAGAAAAAGAAAAAGUCGCUUCUCUGAUGCCACUGCAGAGGAGGUGGAAAUGACAAAGGAGAUGUUCAGUGAUGAAUAUGGACCUCCCGAUUUAAAGUUUGGCGGUCGUCCUAGACCAGUCAGUGUACCACUGAGACCUGACAUCCAUAGAUCCCAACAUCCUGACGUCUACACAGAAUCACAGGUCACACAUCACACUGAAAGCUACCAAAGAGGAGACUCUGGAUCAGAGGGUGUUUUUGACAUGCUGAAAAGCAUUGAAAUUGAGAAUGCAGAAGAAGCUGACUUCCUGAAGAACAAACUUUGCAGCCUUCUGAGAGAGUUCAAGGCCAAAAAAUCAGAGAAGGCUGUGCAAAAUAGCCAAGUACGAGCAGUCCUCAACAACGACUACAACAGCUUAAAGCCUGACCAGCAUCUGUCUCCACGACACCAGUAUGAGAGAACACUCAGAGAAGAUUCAGACCUUAGACGACCACAAGACUCCAGUUACAAAGAUGAUCACAGGGGACGAGGCUGGAAGCAGCACGAGUAUAUACCUGAUAAACGGUUCCAAGAAUACCACAGUCCUGCACGUGGGGAACCCGGUCACUCAAACAGAAGCCGCUAUGAAGAAUUUUUUGAGUCCUCCAAAAUGUCUCGAACACUACAUGCCACCCACCCAGAUGAGUCAGUACACUAUCCUGAAAGGUUUCAAGAACCCAUGCACCCUCAUGACUACAGACCUGCUGCUGAGGAGUAUUUUGACUCCCACUCUUCUUCACCUUCCCUACACAUGGAACAAGAGACAAGAAUGCACAGGGGCCCUCGGUACUCCAAGAACCUGGACAAAAUAACCUCCACCCUCCUGGAGCUUGUGGCAAGGAAAUAAUCAUCAGAUGUCCAUAGAUGUUCUGUAAACUAAAUAUUUGUGUGCAAACAUGAUUUGAUUUGAAUUUCCCUCUUCCUUUUUUUGGUUCUUGAAAUGUUUUCAAGUCUGAAUGUUUAUGUAAACAUUAAAACAUUUGUCUACUGCA